CAAAAAAAAAAAUGCUGCCAAAUGCCCGUUAUCUUUGCUCUGAUUUCCUUCGGAGUGCAUCGGUUUCCAUUUACCGAGCCUCCAGCCUGGUCAGGAGUCAGUUUUGUCUGAGGCAACUGCUGAAGACUCCGAUACAAAAAGCCUUCUACGGCAAUUUCGCAGAGAAGAGCAUCUGAUCCCAGGGUUUGUUGGGGUGGUCUCACUUGAUGGUGGACCCGGUUAUCAUUUUCCGAGACGCAAACACCCAGUUACCAUGGCUAGUAGAAACCACAGAAC